AUGCCCGUCGUUGCUGGUCCCCCUCAAGGGCAUGGUCCCUCUACCUUUGAGAAGAUGAAGAUGGGUGCCAUGAUGGGAUCCACUGUUGGAGGUAUCAUGGGUUUCAUCAUCGGAACUGUCACCAUCUUCCAGUACGGAGCUGGACCUAACGGUGUUAUGCGUACCCUGGGUAAAUACAUGCUUGGUUCUGGUGCUACUUUUGGUCUCUUCAUGUCCAUCGGCAGCGUUAUUCGUACCGAAGGCCCUCACAACGACGCCUGGCUCCGCGCUCGCGGACCCCCGAUGAUGCUCCCCCGUCAGAGCCCUCUGCGCCCUAUGCGCGACUAA